UUCCAAAGGAGUCCUCAUGGCUUUGGUUUCACAUUUAUGUGUGAGUGAUUAUGACUUGAGCUCAUACCUGCCUUCUCCUUCUUCUUCUCCUCUUAUUUCCUCUUUCUUUCUUCUUUAUAUACAUAUUUAUUGUUCCUAGCAAGUAAUUAAUAAUAAAUUCUUAUGAGUAUUAUGGGGGAUUCAUUUGAUGAAGAGUGUGAUUAUCUAUUCAAGGCAGUUCUAAUAGGAGACUCAGCAGUUGGGAAAUCAAACCUUUUGUCAAGAUUUGCUAAGGAUCAAUUUCAGCUGGAUUCUAAACCUACCAUUGGAGUUGAAUUUGCUUACAGAAAUAUUAGAGUUGGUGAUAAGCUCAUCAAAGCACAAAUAUGGGAUACUGCAGGUCAAGAAAGGUUUCGAGCCAUAACAAGUUCAUAUUACCGUGGAGCACUUGGUGCCUUGCUUGUGUACGACAUAACAAGAAGAGCAACAUUUGAAAAUUUAAGAAAAUGGCUAUACGAGCUUAGAGAAUAUGGCAGCUCAGACAUGGUAAUUGUUCUUGUUGGAAAUAAAUCUGAUUUGGCCAAUUCUGCAAGAGAAGUUAAUGUUGAAGAUGGGCAAAGCCUUGCACAAUUAGAAGGAUUAUCUUUUUUGGAAACAUCAGCAAAGGACAAUCUAAAUGUAGAAGAAGCAUUUCUUCAAAUGAUUACAAAAAUUCAUGAAAUUAUGAGUCAGAAAAGCUUGGAAGCUAAGAUGAAUGAAGCAACUACACCAAAAUCUCUUCAAGAAAAAAAAGAAAUUAUUAACAUGAUGGAUGAUGAAGUAACAGCCACUAAACAAAAUUCUACUUGUUGUUUAUACUGAAUUUUCUAAUUAAUUGUAAUUUGUUUGACAUUUAUAGUUGGAGAAAAAAGGAUCACACUUUACUUUUGUUUGUUGCUUUUUUCUUUCUGUUAUUGGAUCUUUGUUAACCAA